AUGCUAGUUUUGGCGAACAUCAAUAGAGAGAUGAGCUUUGAGGUCUCCAGAGUCAACGGGAGGGUCUUUCUUACGGGGAGUCUGGACGGGAUAGAGUACAGGGGAUCUGAGUGGAACUCCCCCUGCAGCUACUAUGUGGUGGAAUCUUCUGGCGACGUGCUUGAUCUUGGCAAGGCUUCCGAGGCCAAGAUAGUAGUGUUUGAGACUGUUUAUGAAACAGGGUUGUCCCACAAGGAGACGAAUCUUGAGGAGCUGAUUUUUUCCUUUGGAAACAGGAAAUAUGUAGAGUAUCUCAAGAGGAAGGAAAUCGACGGAUACAGCAAAAGGCUUUUUAUGCCAAAGCUCAAGUACAAGAAUCAGAUUCUGCCACCCAUAGACGAGGAGGCAUCGAGUCCCGAGAAGCGCUUUGUACUGGAGAAGAUGUUUCCUGCAGAUGUGCUGGAGAGCUUUUCAAAGAUAAAGCUGGACUCUGUACUUCUGCAUCCAGAUCUGAUGGGCUUGAGACAGAACAUGAGGUAUAAGACACACUUCCUGCUUGCAGACUGCAUAAUCAAGCUGAUGGAGAAGAAGUAUGUUACCGACGAUUGCCUAAGCGAUUCGGGGUACUCAAGCUUCUUUGUGAUGGUAAAGGACGAGGUUGAGAACGGGAGGCUGACCCCGCUGUGUAGAGACAGGCUUGCAGUUCUCUGCUACAUACUGUUUCUACAGAUUGAGGGAUUCUGCGUGAAAUACAAGCUUCUGCCGGACUUCAAGUUUUCCAAGAAGAAGGUUGUCAACAUAUUCAAUCUGAUGGGGUUUCCGUAUCAUUUGAAGACGGAUGUCUUUAAACCGACGGAAAGGGCGGCAUGUCAAUCCGACAUUGAGAACCAGGUGCAUUCGAUGGGUUGA